AUGCUCGGGUCGGGACUCAAGGUAGCUGUCUUGGCGGCGGCGGUGGCCUGCUACGUGCGGCCGCAGUUGCUGUUGCAGCCUCUCAUUGGUUCGGAGCUGGACGGCGCGGACGCUGACGCGUCGUUGCGCGUGCUGCGCGGCCUGCUGACGCUGCUGAGCUACGCGCUGGCCAGCAUCCGACCGUCCUGGUUCUGGGUGCUGGCAGCUUUGGCGACGCUACAGCUCGCGCUGUGGGUGCUGCAGCUGGCGGAGGAGUCGUUGCUGGGGAUGAGCGUGGAGGCCGAGAAGAAGCUGUUCCUGGCGGGAGCUGUGCUGUGCUUCGCAGCCAUCGUCAGCGUCAUUCUGUUCGGAGGAAAGGGCGACGCCAAGGCGCGUUUCCGCAAGAGGCUGGUGGCGUUCUACACCAAGCACAACCCGGACAAGCUGCGCGAGGUGGACGAGCUGCUCAAGAAGUACGAGUUCAAUGAGGAGCUACUGUUCCAGAGACUGCACCGCAAGUAUAACGCUCUGGCAGCUGGGCCAGAGAAUCACUCGGUGAUGAAGAAGAUUGAUGAGGGCGAAUUCCUGUACGAGGAAGAAGAAGAAGACAGGGUAGAGUCGUCGGAAGAGGAGGCGGCGCAGAUGAAACAAGUUGCCUCGACGUACGUACAGGACGAAGAAACGAACGAGGAAGAGGAUCAAGCGCGUCCAUUUACCCAUCAGCAGAGUUCAGGCAGCACAGGUAGUGAGGAAAGCUUCGAGGCUGAGGAGACGAAGGAGGUGGCUGUCGCUGUGAUGCACCCUCCGGAGAUUGAAGACUACGAUCUCCUUGAGGGCACGCCUCCCGUGUCGCCUCGCUCCGCUGAGAAGCUCGCAUGUACGCAUCGACAGUCGUCAACUCUUAUUAAGGAUGCGAUUGCCCUGGCACGACAAGCGCAGCGGGAGCGCAUCGAGCGGCGUAUUGCUAGCAUAGCGUCGAAGUGUGGCGACGGUUACGCGGGGCACUAAUUCGAUGGUCAUGGGCUCGGUGUCCGCACCAUGAGUGCAUUUGUGGUGAAAUAACGACGCAAGAAGGAAGCAGCGAAGAAGAAGAUAACUCAAAUAGUUUUAUACUCGAAAAGGGUUUUGGAUUUUC